AUGACACUGAUGACAGGACAGUGUCUUCUCAGCAAGUUUGCUGAUGACACGAAGCUGGGAGUCUUGGCUAAUUCUCCUGAAGGCUAUGCAGCCAUUCAGCAAGGCCAGAAGCGAGCACCUAAGCGGGGAGAACAGCAAGGAUUCAAUAACAGAGCAGCAGAGUUGAAACAAGACAAAACUGAGUGGGGACCAUCUUUCAGGGAAUACCGUUCCUAUGACGCAGAAAGACAAGUGGAAUUCACAGUGGAAAGGUAUGUAUCAUACAGGGAGAAACCAGUUGAAAGAUUAGACCGUGAGAAGCCACUAAGAGGUCGUGGUAGAGGAAGAGGUGGAAUACGAGGUAGAGGAAGAGGUGGUGGAGUAAACAGAAGUUUCAAUGGCUUUGACCAAAGAGGAAGACGGGAAUUUGAAAGACAGAGUGGGAAUGAUAAAAUUGCGAUGGAACAGACUGCUCCUGUGGAAGAGACAGCAAAAACAGCUGAGCAGCCAGGGACAUCUGAAGGAGAGCCUCUGAACAAAGUUGCUGAAGGAGAGCCAAUGGAAGAAGUAGUUCAAGAAAUGACGUUAGAUGAGUGGAAAAAUCUUCAGCAACAGAAGCGACCAAAGCCUGAAUUCAACAUCCGGAAGCCAGAAUCCAUUGUUCCUUCCAAAGCAGUGGUGAUUCACAAGUCAAAAUAUAGCAAUGAUUUGCAAAAAGAAGACUUUGAAGAUGAUUCUCAUAUCUUUCGAAGAUCUGUGAAUGACAUAACAUCUCAGUUGGAUAUCAAUUUUGGGAGUCUUCCUUGCCCUGGCCGUGGAUCAAGAGGAGCACGAGGUGGUCGUGGUCGUGGCAGACGAGUUGAGGAGAUGGGACCUCAACCACAAGUAGUGGUGCAGCUUGUUGCUCCAAAUCCUGAUGAUCCUGAGGAUUUUCCAGCUUUAGUUUGAAGAACUGUUGUGGAUGGCGGUAUCUUAAAAGUUUUCUUGGUGUAGCUAUGAAGACCAGUUUUAUACUGGUGUGG